UCGGUGCCUUGGCCCCAUGGAUCCCCUGAGGCGAUCCUUCUCCCCGUGCUCGUUGCCACCCUCGAGCCCCAGGACCCCGCCCUGCGAGGCCUCUGACUCUGUGGGCAUCGAGGCUGUGCUGGACCAACUGAAGAUCAAGGCCAUGAAGAUGGGGUUUGAGUUCAACAUCAUGGUGGUGGGGCAGAGCGGGCUGGGCAAGUCCACCAUGGUGAACACCCUGUUCAAGUCCAAGGUGUGGAAGUCGAGCCUGCCGGGCUUGGGGACGCCCAUGCCACAGACGUUGCAGCUGCACUCGGUGACCCACGUCAUCGAGGAGAAGGGCGUGAAGCUGAAGCUCACCGUGACCGACACGCCCGGCUUCGGGGACCAGAUCAACAACGACAAGUGCUGGGACCCGAUUCUGGGCUACAUCAACGAGCAGUACGAACGGUACCUGCAGGAGGAGAUCCUCAUCACCCGGCAGCGCCACAUCCCCGACACGCGGGUGCACUGCUGCGUGUACUUCGUGCCGCCCACUGGUCACUGCCUGCGGCCCCUGGACAUCGAGUUCCUGCAGAGACUGUGCCGGACUGUGAAUGUGGUGCCCGUGAUUGCCCGGGCUGACAGCCUGACCAUUGAGGAGCGAGAGGCCUUCAGGAGUAGGAUCCAGGAAGACCUGAGAAAUCACUGCAUUGAUGUGUACCCACAGAAAUGCUUCGACGAGGACAUCAAUGACAGGAUCCUCAACAGCAAGAUUCGGGAGCGGAUCCCUUUCGCCGUGGUCGGUGCAGACCGAGAGCACAUGGUAAACGGGAGGUGCGUGCUGGGCCGGAAGACCAAGUGGGGCAUCGUGGAAGUGGAGAAUAUGGCGCACUGUGAGUUUCCUCUCCUGAGAGAUCUGCUCAUCCGCUCCCACCUCCAAGACCUGAAGGACAUCACCCACAACGUCCACUAUGAGAACUACCGUGUCGUCAGGCUCAACGAGAGCCACCUAUUGCCCAGCGGGCCCGGCUGGGUGAACCUGGGCCCGGCCUCCACCCAACAGCUGACCACCCCUGCACCCUUGAAGGUCCGUAGGCGGGUCCAAGAGGAUCCCAAGGAUGAGUUCUAAGCACUUGC